AAGUAAUAAAACAUGCUAUUUGUCUGUCUUUCUUAUCUAUCUGUCUGUUUGUCUAUCAGUCUUUCUUUUCUAUCUAUCUGUCUGUAACUAACAAGAUAAUUAAGCUUUUAAAUCUUUUUUUAAACUUUCAGAACAGGCUCUUUCAAGCCAACCGCAAAGUUAAUCUUAAUGUUCAGAUGCAAACUACUUUUAUUAUUUUUUUUAUAAAACAGCCAGUUCCAGUCCUCGAUUCUGAUUGGACGAGAAGAAGCUUUUACGGGCGUUUCCCAAACGGCAUUUUUGCCUUUGAAGAGGACUGCAUGCGGGAAGGAGAAGCCACUUGCGCCAUCGGAAGCACGAGUCCUGAAAUGUCUGGAGAGAGAAGGAAAAGAGUCUCUGAUCUGUAACCCACAGUAGAUGGCGAUAAUGCUCUAUUUUAGAAUGCAAGCCGCCGAUAAAAAAAGAAAAAGGAAGAGACGCCACUCGACUCGAAAUAUUGUUCCAAACGCAAAUCUCGUCCUUUGGUGCUCCGUCACAGUUCACACCUUUAUUGAAGCCACUCCCACAACAAUUUACCAAUAAAUAUUGUGAAUAUUCCCAUCAUCCUACAAGAGAAGUUCUUCAGACCAGCAGGAAGAACUGAAAUCUGUGUGAUAUACUAUGGUGAAGAUGGAGUUUGUUAAAGAAGAGAGAGAAGACAUGAGUUAUCCAGAAUCAUCCAGAAUAAAACGUGAAGAUACUGAGGAACAAAUAGAUCUGAUUGAAGUGAAAGAGGAGAAUCAAGAACUGAAUGAAGUGGAGGAGAAACAUCAUAACUUCAAAACAGAAGAAAAUGAUUUUAGCUGCUCACAGACUGAAAUGAAUUCCUCACAAGAGAGAACUCAAAAAACAGAAGCUGAAAACUCUUUCACCUGCCCUCAGUGUGGAAAGACUUUCACAUGUAAAGACACCCUUAAUAUGCAUUUAAGAAUUCACACCGGAGAGAAACCUUUCACAUGUCAGCAGUGUGGAAAGAGAUUCAAAUCUAAAUCGGAUGUUAAGAAGCACAUGAUAAUUCACACCGGAGAGAAACCUUACACCUGCCCUCAGUGUGGAAAGAGUUUCAAAACUAAAUCACAUCUUAAGACGCACAUGAUAAUUCACACUGGAGAGAAACCUUACACCUGCCCUCAGUGUGGAAAGAGUUUUGUUGAAAAAAGGUAUCUCAACUAUCAUAUUGGCUGUCACUCUGGUGAAAAGCCGUUUAACUGCGAUCAGUGCGGUAAACAUUUUGCGACGACCUCAUAUCUAAAAACACAUUUGAAAAUUCAUACAAACCAGAAGCCUUAUGUGUGUUGUUCUUGUGGAAAUAGUUUUGUACAACUCCAAAAUUUGAAAAAUCAUCAGAAAAGACACGCUGGUGUUAGAGAUCAUGUGUGCUCUGAGUGUGAGAAGAGCUUCACUACAGUCAACCAGUUGAAAAUUCACGCCCGAAUUCACACUGGAGAGAAACCUUACAAGUGCCAUGAGUGUGAAAAGAUGUUUGCAUGUACAAGUAAUCUUAAGACGCACAUGAGAAUUCACAGUGGAGAGAAGCCUUACACGUGCCUUCAGUGUGGAAUGAGUUACAGAUAUAAAUCAAAUCUUAAUAGACACAUGAGAAUUCACAGUGGAGAGAAGCCUUAUACGUGCCUUCAGUGUGGAAUGAGUUACAGAUGUAAAUCAAGUCUUGAUAGACACAUGAGAAUUCACAGUGGAGAGAAGCCUUGCACGUGCCCUCUGUGUGGAAUGAGUUACAGAUAUAAAUCAAAUCUUAAUAGACACAUGAGAAUUCACACUGGAGAGAAGCCCUCAUAGCUUUUAAAUGGAAGCUGAUAAGCUUCCUGGUUUCUCGUACCGCUUCGCAUUUCCUUUCCCCCAUAAAAACAGAUCCUUGUCCGUUGGUAUGCAUAACUCCAACCAGAAAUGGGGACUUGGGUUUUUCUUUGAGUCACAUUUUAAUAGACUUCAGACUCGACCUAAAAUGACUUCAGACUUGACUCAAAUCAACACAAAGGACUCGUGAAUAUCUCAAAAACUACUUGAGUCUUUUAACCUUAAUUGUUAAUAUCUUAAAGGAAGAAUUUGUGUUUUAUUUGUAUGGUUUUAUUACAUCCACAAAACAUUUACCCAUGUGUCAUGAUCGAUCGGACCCUUAUCUUAGAAUUUAAUGUAUUUCUUUGUAAACCCUGAAAUGUGAUAUGAGUCCCAUGAAACGUGACGGCACCCACUGUGCCAUUUGUGCUCAUGCUCACACUUGGUUGAGCCCUCAGAAGUAGAAACUUCAAGAUGAUCACAUUCUCAAAGGUUAGUCACAUUAAUUAACACACAAAUCUAGCUAAUAUUGUACUGUUGCAAACAUUGGGCAUUGUAGCUACAUGAUCGUCAACCAGAGGAUGCGUCAAUUUAAACCUAGUGCUUUGUUUUAUCAAAGUUUUCGUAGUAUAUAUGCUACCUUUCCCUCGCUCUCUGUGUGUGUGUGUGUGUGUGUGUGUGUGUGUGUGUGUAUAUAGAGUAAGUAAUAAGUAAGAGUAUUUAAAAUAUACACUGGCGGCCAAAAGUGUGGAAUAAUGUACAGAUUUUGCUCUUAUGGAAAGAAAUUGGUACUUUUAUUCACCAAAGCGGCAUUCAACUGAUCACAAUGUAUACCGCAUCAGUUUUUCUUUAAUAGCUGUGCACACAGCAUAUACACAUCGAUGGAUGGUCCUUAUACUAUGACCGAAAGUUUCCCCGCUACUUGGUGCAGGUUGCCAGCUUGAACAUGGCCAUGACGAUUCGCUUUCGGGUCGGAAACUGGUGGCAGCCUGCGAUAGGCGCAACAUCAGGACCGAUAUUGCAGUCCUAUCAGAAGGGCAACAGCUCCCUUUUGAUUGCAAUUCCUCCUCUUCUGAUUGCAUUUAUUUGUGAAAUUAAAAUGACAAUAAGCUGGCUGAUUUCAAUAAAUUGUCUCAAUACUCUCUCCAUUUUACCAAAAAAUUUGGGACAUCUGGGAGGCGAAAGGUACACAAUUAGUGAUAAACGCACAUUUCUGUAUGGAAACGGCAGGCAGAUUUAUUUUGUGAUAAAACAAAACAUAUGUGACAGUGUUUUUAGACAUGACAUCAUCAUGCACACCAUUUUUAUCGCUAAAAGGCCAUUUGAAUGGAAACACAUUUUCACUUUGUCGAUAACAAAAUUGCGCAAAAAGUGGAUGGAAACUAGGCUAAUGACAGCUUUGCAGAUCUUUUGUCAGUUUGUCCAGAUACUCCGGUGACAUUUCACCCCACGCUUCCUGUAGUACUUGCCAUAGAUGUGGCUGUCUUGUUGGGCACUUCUCACACUCCUUACAGUCUAGCUGAUCCCACAAAAGCUCAAUGGGGUUAAGAUCCAUAACACUCUUUUCCAAUUAUCUGUUGUCCAAUGUCUGUGUUUCUUUGCCCACUCUAACCUUUUCUUUUUGUUUUUCUGUUUCAAAAGUGGCUUUUUCUUUGCAAUUCUUCCCAUAAGGCCUGCACCCCUGAGUCUUCUCUUUACUGUUGUACAUGAAACUGGUGUUGAGCGGGUAGAAUUCAAUGAAGCUGUCAGCUGAGGACAUGUGAGGCGUCUAUUUCUCAAACUAGAGACUCUGAUGUACUUAUCCUCUUGUUUAGUUGUACAUCUGGCCUUCCACAUCUCUUUCUGUUCUUGUUAGAGCCAGUUGUCCUUUGACUGUAGUGUACACCUUUGUA